AUGUCUAAUCUAGAAGAACUAUUCUUGAAUAUCUCCAUCGGUCUUAGUACUCCUGAUAAAUCAUUCAUCGAUGGAAAUGAUUUGAAAAGAGAUAUUAUAAAUCAUAUGCCAAAGUUAAAUAAAUUCGUAUUCAGUAUUCAUUCAAAUUUAGAUGUUGAUGAUUUAACUCAUUUGCCAUCGAACGAAGAUAUUCAACGUACAUUUAAAGGUCUCGAAGAUUAUCAAAUCAUUUCUUAUAUCCAUUAUCUUCCAGAUGAUCAGAUUGGUCAAUGUCAUAUUUAUUCACAACCGUAUACAAUGAAUUAUUUGUAUCGACUUACAAAUAGUUUUCCAAGUGGAUUAUUCAAGUUUGUUCAUAAUUAUCCCAGUGAAAAAUUUCAGCGAUUAAAAUUGAUUAAAAUUUCAAAAUCCUAUGGCAAUAAUCAAAAUCACAAAUCCAAUUAUUCUGCAACAAAAUCAAGAUUGAAAUCGAUUAAAAUCAGAUAUUAUCAAUCAGUUAUAAUCAGAGGCGGCCAAUUAUAA